UCAUAGUUGGUGUAAAGGUUGGCAAUGGCUCUAGGAAAAGCAGGCAGGAUUCACCGCUGAUUUCUGUUGCAGAAAUCAGCAAGCCAUGGAAAACCAGCCAAUACAAUACAGGCCAUGAUUUAGCUCUUUUAUGCUGCUUGGCUGCAAGGGUCUGCAAACGUGGCUCUGACAAUUCUAGGCUGUGGAACCACUUCUCUUUCACUGUAUAUUAUUUCUACUGGAAGUCAAUUGACGUGCAGGGAUCAAAGAUACUUGACCCUGAAGGUCUCUCCAGAUUUUCCUCUUUGAUACACAACUCUCCUGUAUGCAAUAGUGACACAGGAAAAUGAAACCAGACACAGAAUCAGAUUGCGGAACAUCUAUGACUGAAACGUCAGUUUGCAUUGGCUCAUUUACAGCUGUUAAGACACUUUGGGAAGUCAGAAUCCAGAACAUUAGUGAAGAGCUCCGAAAGGAAAAGGAAUUCAGUAAGAGGGCUGCAGAGAGAUUGACACUUGUUUGGGAAGAGAGAGUCAGUUUGGCCAAACUCAAAGAAAAAUUAAUCACUGAAGAUGGAAGAGCUGUUUUAAAGAUUGAACAGGAAGAAUGGAAGACUCUACCUUCUUGCUUGCUGAAACUGAACCACCUCCAGGAAUGGCAGCUUCACCGAACUAGUUUGGUUAAAAUCCCUCAAUUCAUUGGUCGCUUUCAAAAUCUCAUGGUUCUGGAUUUGUCUCGAAAUUCCAUUGCGGAAAUUCCUAGAGAGAUCGGUCAGUUGUCAAAUCUCCAAGAGCUGAAGCUCAGUUACAAUAAAAUUAAAACUGUUCCGAAAGAACUAAGCAACUGUGUCAGCUUAGAAAGAUUGGAGCUGGCAGUGAACAGAGACCUCUGUGAACUUCCCCACCAGCUCAGCAACAUGAAGAAGCUUUAUCAUCUAGAUCUGAGUAUGAAUCAGUUUACCACAUUCCCAUCAGUCAUUGUGGAUAUGCCAAACCUGGAAUGGUUAGACAUGGGAAGCAAUCAACUUAAAGAAAUCCCUGGCAAUCUUGACAGAGUAGAAAACCUACAUACUUUGUGGCUUCAAAGGAAUGAAAUAACUCAUAUACCAGAAUCCAUUCAUAACUUAAAAAAUCUGAGCACUCUUGUCCUUACCAACAAUAAACUCCAGGAUAUUCCUACUUGCCUGAAGGACAUGACAAACUUGAGAUUUGUCAACUUCAGAGACAACCCACUGAAGUUGCAGGUAACACUUCCGCCUUGUGAGAAUGCUGAAGAGGAAGAGGAACAGGAGCUGUAUGGAAUCCAGUUCAUGCAUGCAUACAUUCAAGAGUCACUCAACAGAAAAGAAAACAUGGAAAAUGAUAUUCUAGCUGGUGCUGCUGUCAACGACAAGUAAAAAAAAAAAGUCAAUCCAUGCCAGUCUGGGUUUUCACUAUUACUGGAAGGUAACAACUGCAGUUCUUCCAGGCACAGAGGAAUUGAACAGUACACAUAUCCGCUAUAACAAUUAUGUAAAGGUGUUCCCUCAAUGCAAAAAAGUAAGUUGGUGCCGGUACUUAUUUGGCAAGCACAAUAGUGGAUGUUAGAAAUGUAGAAAUUUUCUACAGACACUGUGUCCAGUAGUUCUGAAGACCUCCAGUUUUUAAGCAGUUGAAGGGACUAGUGAAGACUGAUGAGGCACAGCUGUUAAGAGUACAUUUUCUAAGGACACACUGGGAUCUGUAUAGUGCUGCAACACAGCUUCAUACCCCCUCUGCUGUAAAUAUUCAAUCCGACCAUGAUCAAUCAACAGUUUGCAAAGGUGACCUAUCUGCUUUCGGUCCUCAGCGGUUAGUAGCCUAGAACAAAAAAGAAAAAUGUUUUAAAUAUACCAAUGCUAACAUUUUAAGGAAUCAAAAGAGGACAUCAGAUUUAGAGCAUUUCAGUGAAGGCAGGCAGCUUAGAUUUCCUUAAAAUUUAAAACUAGAGUAAUACAGUACCUUAAAGGCUAACAAAUGUAUGAUUGCGUAAGCUUUCACAGACUAGAAUCUAAUUUAAAACUUUGUACUUUGUAUCAAAUUACAAAAUACAUUUUGGGAGGAAAAUAACUAUUCUAAUCUACAUAUCUGAAAGACUAUCAAAUGCAUUUAACUGGCUAUGGGGCAGUAUACAAAUGUAUAAAUAAAUAAAUAAAUAAAUAAAUAAAUAAAUAAAUAAAUAAAUAAAUAAAUAAAUAAAUAAAUAAAUAAAUAAAUGAAAGUAAAACUUAUUUAUUUCAGUAACCUGUUGUUACGUGAAAUGAUCACGUACCCUUGCAGGCUAUCCAAAUUAUAUUCAACACUUCUGCCAUGCUGCUCAUGUUCUUCGGCCUCGUUGCUUUGUUCUUCAUUCUUUGCAUGAGUUGUAUAGGUUUUUGCAGUGGUUUCUCUCAUGCCACAAGUGGCCCAGCUUGUCAUUCUUUUAAAAUAGUUGAAUUCCAUUGCCCCAAGUCCUACUGUUGUAAAGAACUCUUGGCCUACGUAAUGCUUCCAGUCACACUUGUGAUGGCAACAUAGAGCAAUAACAAUUCCAGCCACGGGGCUCCAAUUCUCAGUUACAGGCUCGCUAUAGGAUUCAUCAGAAUAGUUAGAUGUUCUGUUGGUUGCAUUGUUCUUGAAGCGUUUUGAUGCAGGACCUUCCUUUUUGUCAUCACAGAGUUUUGCAUAGGUUUCAACUAAACACCUCAAAGCAAGAUCUGAGAACACAUAGGAAGUGUUUGAACUGUGGCUGCUUCAAACAACAAUAUAAACAAUGAACUGUUGUAAAACUUUUGUACCAUUGAUGCUUGAAUCAUCUUUUCACCCUAUUCAAUCCACAACAGUUGGAUAACAUGGCUCAUUAAUAGAUGUACCAUAUUUAUGGUACAGUAUUUUCAAGAGACAUUUUAGUGUUACUGCUUAAUAGCCCAAUUGUAUACAGUUUGAGUUCCAUCGGACUUAACACCCAAGUUAAAUAUGAGCAGGCUUGCAGCUCCAGUAUAUUAACUUAAAAGUACAGUACUUAUGUAUGAAAGCAUUUGGUAAGUCUUAUUAACUUGCUUCAGAUUGCUUAAUUUUAUUAGCUACAUAAAUAUAAUUACAAGGUAUGUUUACACAGAUCCAAAGUGUUCAGCAGCAAAAGGCUAUAUACCAAGAAAAGACAAUGAAAUACUGAAUAAAGUCAAAGCUGUAUUAAGUAAUGUGACCUUUCGGGCUUGUGUAAUUUUAACCAGAACUAGCUUCUCACAGUAUAGUUCAAUCAUAUUUCUCUUCACCAACAAAAAUAGUAUUGCACAAUUUGUACCUGUUGCAGCACCACAUACAUGCUUUCCAAUUCCUAUUACAGGUAGCUUCUCUUUCACAAGAACAGGUACGUUAUCUGAAAGAAAUAAACCCAGCCAGAAUGUUUCUGAAUGCUGUAGAUACACAUAUACAUCAAGAAAUCAGAAGAAAAUUCAAACGGAAAGUUGUAUGCCAUCACAUACAAAUUACGCAUUGAUACAAUAGCAGGGUAGUCAGCGAUAUAGUAUGGCCCCACUCAUAUGCCAGGUUAGGUUCCAAACCCCCACCAAAAAGCAAAAACUGCCGAAAAGCUGAUCUUCCCCUCCUCUGGUGCAAUCAGCUGGAGUGUGGGAGUCUGAUUGCCCCAAGGAGAUCAGCUGUAGCGCACUACAGCUGAUCUUCCCCUCCUCUGGCGCGAUCAGCUUGAGCGCGGGAGACUGAUCGCACCAGAAGAGGAGAUCAGCUGUAGCGCGGGAAGCUCCAGCCCCCCCUCCAGCUGAUCACCCCACUGGAGCAAUAUUAACGGAACGCCGAGAAGCGAGGCCCUACUGUACUUUGAUAAAAGUUUUGAAGAAACAUAUUCAAGAAGCACAGUAGGAGACAGAGCAUCAAAUCUAAGAACAUAAGUGAAUCACAUCAAAGGCCCUUCUAGUCCAGAAUCCUGUUUCUCACAAGCUCUUUGUGGCUGACUCUGGGAAUCUCAGAAGCAGUGUAUAAAGGCAAUAGCCUGCUUCCAUGCUAUUCAGUAAGCUGUUCAAUAAUACCAAACAAUUCAGACACACAUUCCUGGCCAAAUGUUCUAUACUUUGAUGCAGUGCCUUCAUGUUUUUCAGUGCAAUGCAUUAAAUUUAGCCAUGCAUAUAUCUUUGAAAAAUAAUCUACAAACCACUCAUCUAAAAUAAAAGUACACAGGACUAAUCUGAAGUUAGUUUAGAUAGAAAUCCAAACA